AUGACGGCCACUGCAUCCUCCUCUGCCGCGGCUGCAUUCCCCAAGCCCAUCUGGGUCCGCAGCGACGACUGGCACACGGCCGGCGAGCCGUUCCGCAUCGUCUCGGAGCUGCCCGAGCAAUGCACAACUACCGGCUCGACAGUCAUGGAGCGCCGGCUCAACAUCAUGGCGACCCCGAACCACCCGCUCGACGUCUUGCGGCGUGGGCUGUGCCUCGAGCCCCGUGGUCACGCCGACAUGUACGGCGGCUUCAUUGUGCCUCCUAACGACUCGGGAGCGGCGUUUGGCGUGCUGUUCUGGCACAAGGACGGGUUCUCCACGGCGUGCGGGCACGGUACCAUUGCGCUCGGAUGCUGGGCCAUUGCGACGGGCCUCGUCAAGCCAAAGCAGGCCGACGGCGUGACGGACGUUGUCAUCGACGUGCCUUCAGGGCGCGUCGUCGCGGCUGUGCGCACCGAGGGCGGCAAGCCCGUGAGUGUCGACUUUAUCAACGUGCCCUCCUACCUCGUGGCCUCGGGAAUCAAGGUCCCUGUCAAGAGCCGGGGCAUCGAUGUCGUUGCCGACCUGUCGUACGGCGGAGCGCUCUACGGCUACGUCGACGUCGCUGGCUUGGGUAUGAAGGUUCGGCCGCAGGACCACGAUGAGUUCGUUUCCCUCGGUCGCGAGAUCAAGGCCGCGCUCAAGUCGACCGCCGCGGAACAUGGCCACGACUACCUCUACGGUGUGUGCUUCUACGAGCCUCUCAGUGAGGAGGGCGGUGAGCUCCACCAGCGCAACGUCGUCGUCUACGCCGAGGGAGCCGUCGACCGCUCACCUUGCGGAUCUGGCACGUCUGCCCGGACAGCCAUGCUCUUCGCCCAGGGCAAGCUCGGCCUCGGGAAGGGUCACCUACACCAUGCGUCUAUCAUCAACACAGUGUUCGUGGCCUCGGUUGACGCCGAGGCAGCGAGCCCCACAAAGUUCCCCGGCUGCGUCCCCCGCAUCACGGGCAUGGCGCACCUCAUGGGCCGCAGCGAGUUUUACCUCGACAACGCCGACCCCACUUUCCCUGGCUUCGUAUUCCGCCCAGAGUAG